AUGGAUUACACCGGGUUUAACCAGCAUGCCGCACAGUUUUCUCAAAUGGGAAAUAUCUACAAUCCAGAAAACCCACAGUCAUUCCCUUCUUCCGGUGGCAACCCUGGGUUCAACAUUCUGCCAUCGAACGGCAUGACACCCGGCUACAAUGAGCCUCCCAACUUUGUUCUCCAGCCUAUGCCCACAAAGAUGGCAGGUGGAUAUAUUUAUAGUCCAGGUUUUCCCGCUGCAGACCUUUCCGCCAACAACCUCGGAGAGUUUCAGACAGCAUACAACCAAAAUGAGGGAUUUGUCGGCCAGGCAGACGCCAUGAUGACACUUACCCAGCAUAUUGCGAUGUUGGAACAAGACAACGCCAAUCUCAGGGCAGCGACUGAUCGGCUGUUGAGAGAAGGCCGAACCAUGUCACAGAGAUAUGCUCAAAUGAGGAACUUUUUUGCCUUUGAGGUUACAGACAACGGGGUUCAGGCAGUCAACAUCCAGAAUCUCCACCCACAGCGCAACGCUACAAUAUUGAGAAGGUGUGACUUUCUCGUUGCGCACUACCAGGGUCUCCGAGCCAGCAUCGAUAUCAACACCAAUAGAAAUAGAGCCUUCCACAGCCAUGGUCUCCGCAGGAGCUCCGAAGUUGAGUCUCGGCAGCAAAAUGUUCAUGGGCAGUACCGACAGUCGGUCGAGAUUGUUGAUCUUACAGGUGGCGAUGACAAUGGGGUUCCUCGGGACCACAUUAACGAUGCCCUAUGUUUUGCAGGAGCCCGUCUGCCUGGAGAACAACCUGCUGUGCAAGCAAGCCUAGCUCUCGCACCUAAAGAAAUCGACAGUGGUCACCGUCGUCACCGUCGUCCUCGCAGUCAAUCAAGGACACGCCCAGAUGCAUCUUCGGCAGCAAGCUCGACAGAUACCACAGCAGCUCCUCUUAUCACAGCUACUCCCGAGUCAAGUCCACCGCAAGUAUCCGAUGACAAUUCCUUGUCGCAGCCUCCUAAGAAGCGACUCACCACAGCAGAGUUUUGGGCCAAGACUGAACGAUGGCAAGGACCUGUGGCCAAUCUCCAUCUUGCUAAGGCUUUGGGCAUGAAGCCUAGCCCUCAAUAUGCCCAAGAGAUCUCCAAUCGGCGUGAGAGGGAAACCUUCGACCUCAGUUUGCGCAAGGCGGAGAAAAAGAAGAAAGACUCUCGCCGGGACAAUGCGGCACGUAAAAGAACAGUUGCUCAUCACAAGGGGCUGGUAGCGAAGACAAACAACAAAGACGACGCAGUAGUCAAAGGCAAAAUGCCAGAAAGAGGUGUAUCGGAACGGAAUUCCACUGGAAGUCGCGUCGUCGCUCAACCAGGCGACCAGACCGGUGCCGGGACUGAUGAGGACUCGGAUGCGUUAGAAGCAUGCUUCGAGGAAUAUUUCCUUGAGGAGGAUGGUGCCGACGUUGAAGAUAAUCUGGAAAACGAAGCAGUUGAUCAGCGUUCGACUGGCCGCAAUGACGACACGUGGGACAUUAGUACUGCCGCGUCAAGUUUUCAGGAUGCUGGAACACUCGAUACUCGCGCAUUUGAAGACUCAUCUGACGAUCAAGUGGCUCAGGAUAGCAUGGAGGCUCCACACGAAGCACAUGACGAGAAUCGAGGAGAAUCUCGUUUGAUUCAACAGGACAACAGAACCGAUGAAUGCGACAGAAAUUCUACCCGUUCGAUAUCACCACUUGUAGUCGAGGAUGGGGAUGGACGACCACUUUCACAAUACCAGGGGCCGGCUACCCUUCAGGAAGAGGCCGAUGAUGGUCUGGACUAUCUUUUUUGA